GUGCAGUAGCAGCAGUUUACUAACCAGCGCAGCGAGUAAACAGCACAACUUUACUCAGAAACAAAAUCUUUUGAUUUGUUUUUGGAUCUUUCCUCGCUUUGAGUUAAUUUCCCCUCAAAGAAAGCAGAGAGUUUCUUCUGAAUCAAGAGUGGAAGCGUUUAUCUCACAAAAGAAAGAUGGCGAUGAAACUAUUGGACCCCAACUCCACUAUAUCAUCUCCAUUUUUCUCCCCUGUGGAGAAUGGCCACAACGUCUCAGUGAACCGUACCUCCUCUCGUCCAUACCAUUAUCCAAACAUCACCUAUGUGGACUUCUAUCUGCACGAGCCCUUGGUGUCUGCUAUCUUCAUUGUAUCCUACCUCCUCAUCUUUAUUGUGUGCAUGGUGGGAAAUGGAGUGGUGUGCUUUAUCGUGCUAAGGAGCAAGAACAUGCGUACGGUCACCAAUCUCUUCAUUCUCAACCUGGCCAUCAGUGACCUGUUGGUUGGCAUCUUUUGCAUGCCUACAACAUUGGUGGACAACAUCAUCACGGGCUGGCCUUUUGGCAGUUUGGUGUGCAAGUUGAGUGGGAUGGUGCAGGGAAUAUCGGUAUCCGCCUCGGUCUUCACUUUAGUGGCCAUUGCUGUGGACAGAUUCCGCUGCAUUGUCUAUCCCUUCAAACAGAAGCUCACUAUCUCCACCUCCACCCUCAUCAUUGUCAUCAUCUGGGUUCUGGCCAUCUCCAUCAUGUGUCCAUCUGGUGUAAUGCUACAGGUCACCAAAGAGCACAGGGUCUCAAUCUUGCUAAGCGAUGGCAACUCCACGCAACCCUUCUACUGGUGCCGUGAAAACUGGCCAAACCAGGAGAUGCGCAAGAUUUACACCACAGUCCUCUUCGCUAACAUUUAUUUGGCACCUCUGACUCUCAUUGUCAUUAUGUAUGCUCGGAUUGGAAUCACGCUCUUCAAAACAUCAAUGCCUGCCGCUGUGUGCCAAGUUGGGACCUCAGGCUCCGGUUCUGGCUCUGGAAAGCAUGGCAGAUAUGAAAGUCGUCAACUGGUGUCUCGGAAAAAGAAGCGGGUCAUUAAAAUGUUGCUAGUGGUGGCCCUGCUCUUCAUCCUGUCAUGGUUGCCAUUGUGGGCUCUCAUGAUGCUGAGCGACUACGCAAGCUUGAGUGAGCAUCAGCAUCGCGUCAUUAAUAUCUAUUUUUAUCCUCUGGCUCACUGGCUGGCGUUCUGUAACAGCAGCGUCAAUCCCAUAGUCUAUGGGUUUUUCAAUGAGAACUUCCGUAAGGGUUUCAAGGCGGCCUUUAAGCUUCAGCUCUGCUCAGCCCUUUUAGGGAAGAGGAGAAGCUACUCUCACCGGCUGCAGGGGAAUGCUGUAUUACCUGCCACCUUGCCCAUGACCAAGGAGUCUGUACUGGAGGCUGGGGGUCCCAGACAAGGACAAGGGCUCAUCCAAGGGCUGGUGUCUGUGGGCAAUGGGAAGGGUGAAAGAAGCCAGUCUUCAGGCAAGGAGAACAUGAAAGAACAGGAUCUGAUCAUGGAAGAUCUGGAGAAGGUAAUGUAUGAUUUAUAGGUGCUUAAUGAUCUUCAUGGAACCCAUGGUCAAAGAUACUGUGCACUCAGAUGAUUUUUCCCUUCUCACUGACUGUUUUACUGCUGGGAGGACACCAUGAGUUCGUCUUUCAUCUCUUUUCAUCUCUUUCAUCUUGUAGGCAAGAUGUGCUCUGCCUUUUCUCUCAUGAAAUUUUAAAUUUAAGACAAUAAUCAUGCCAGAAAGGCAGUCUGAUCUGGAGGGUUUAAUAUUCAGACAUUGUGUGUGAUAAACACAAAGAAGGUCAUUUUGUGGACCUAGCUUUGACUUGAUAAGAUGUGAAAUGAAAUGACAUCUUACUGGAUGCCAAAUUAUGCCCAGUGUCAUUCCUGGAUGUUUGCUUUGUCACCCUGUUUAACCUGAGGAAUACACCCUGAGGUUCAGAUAAAAUUACACCAAAUGUCAAGGCCAUAACUAAUACGGAUAUUCCUGUGGAAAAUGUCUUGAUUCUAAGCCACAUCUCAAACUGACUGAAGUACCUGAACAGGGGAUAUUUGAGAGGGAUUUCUAUUGCAUCUCUAUACCUGGAUGGUAAAAUUACUGCAUUUUGUUAAAAUGGCCUGUUCAAUUUCUCCUCUUUGAGUUGAAAAUGACUACCUUUUUUAAAACUGCCUGCUCAAUAUGUUCAGUCAUUAACCAACAUUCAAUGAAUGUCAGCAGCAAAACUUGCAGGUUUCUUGCUGGCGUGUUUACAGGGUGAAUGUAGUAGGUCUGAGCAUCAUAACUAUGAAUCUGUAUUAGUAUAUCUGUAAUAGUUCACUGUAACAGGAAGGGCAUUUUGCCAGUUAUUUUCAAAAACACUCAACAGUUUGUGUCCUGACAUGGGGGACAGUGCCUGAGGAUCUUUUCAGACUCAAAAACUCAAUGUAAAUGAGCUGCUGAACAAGAGCAGUGCCUUAAAAAUAUGGCAUUAGCGGUCAGAAACCAUGAGAACUUGAACAAUCUUAUGUGGAAUGAGUCAAGAAACAUCCCCGAGGGAAUGGCAAGUGUCCAAACUGUCACUGGCUAUCGCAUCUGACAUUUAUACAUAUUUCACAGUUUCUCUUUUGGCGGAUGAGAAUCUACGCUGGUUAUUUUGUAUGUGUAGGGGAAAAAAAGGCCUCACUCCAAAAGGAAAUGUUGUUGUCUGUGUUUCUAAUGUAAACCUGCAGUUGAGUACAAAGUGAUAUACUUGAGGCACACAAUGUAUUGCUGCUACAAAGUCUUCUGUGAACAUUUUUUUUCAUGGCGUGAAACUUUUCAGCUUGGUAAUAUAUCCUCUUGGCUGCAAUUUUGCAUCUUACUGUGCUUUGCAAUGAUGUGUAAACAAUGAACAAUCUGUUCAGGAAAUAGUCACUAAUUGAGGUUAGGCUGCAUUUUGUUUUAUUAUUUGACUAAAAAUGCUGUGUAUUUUGUCUCUGAGAGCAAAUCAUACACAUAACAAAUGUUAUGGUAUCUAAUGCUUAAUUAUAAUAAUUACAAAAAGAAAUAAUUAUCAUUAUAUCACCACUGCUUGUUGCGUAAUGUGCAUCAGACAGAGAACAAGAGUUAGAGAGAAGCAGGACCUUGUUGAAAUGUGUUACUGGUUGAUGGUCAUUAUGAUGAGCAACAUUAAUUUUGUAAAAGUGAAAAGCCUUUUGGGGUGUUAGCCUACUUGUCAUGUCAGUGUGUCGUGACAGCAUAAUCAUGUCUUUAAAGCCCUAUUUUUGUGGACAUAUGUGACAGUAUAUUUGUUGGAUGUUGGCACUGCUAAUGUUACCACUGAAACAUAUUCAUCUCAACAAGACAGAUUCUAUAGGACAAUGUAGCCUAUAAACAACAUUAUUUUGACAUACUCCACAGAACACUGCAGACAGGAAAAUUAUACAGGGAGAAAAACAUCUCAUUUUAUCUCUCUGUAUUUCAGAGUUGUUAAAUGUCUCUAGCGCUGGCAGUCGCACAACGUUGUACACUGACAUUCAGUUUAUUCUUCUUUAGAACCUGGAAACAGCAUCAAAGGAGUGAGUUGAUAAGUAUGCAAUGCAUUUAUACACGAUUCCUAAACUAUGUAUAUCAUCCACCGCAGCAUCAAGAACCUUCACUUCUAUCAUCCUUUUUUUGAACACUGAAGCCUCGCCUGACUUAUUCCAGAAAACUUCUACAUUUCCCUUCUCCAGUGUUUCUGGUCAAAUUAGCAUAUUUUCCUAGAAGAAAAUGUAACAUAUUAAAAUGACUAAAAAAAGCUUAUGGCUCCAUAGUGCUGACACUUUACAGUGUCGCAAUGACUGUCUUUUGGCAGUGCCUCAACAGUUUAAUGAGUGGGUAUAGAUGACAUGAAGUGGCCCGAAUUUAUGUUGAUAACAUAUCAUAAAGUUCAGAAUCGCGGUGAAGUUCAGGCUUUUUGUCCACAUUAUACAAGCACUCAUAUACCUUACUUACAUAAGUGCUGCCAUGCUCAUUUUCUCUCAUCAGUCAUUGACAUGCAAUUCAUAUGGUGACAGAAGCUAAUAUUCUUUUCAGGUUUGUUGGUGCACAAAUCAGGAAUUCUUUGUUUAUUACUGCUAUUGUGGCAGCUAUUAAACUGAGCUUAUUUUGUUUAAUUAAUUCAAUUGCUCGUAGUAUUAACAUGGGUUCAUAUGAAGACUGGAAUAGGACAACAGUUGAGUAGAAAUUAGAAUCUGUCAUGGCGGUGUUUAUCAGGAAAAAGGUGGAAAUGUUUCUGCAUUUUCAAAAUGUAAGUGACAAUAGUCUCGAUUGAGAUGCGCUGCAUUUCUCACUUCUUGUAGUGGACCUACUUCAAAGGCAGAUAUCACAUGAUUCACACUCAUAUGCUUUUUUGCUAAUAAAUUGGAUGUAAUCUAAAUUCUGUUGCUUUUAUAUGAAAAUAAAUAUGAAGAACUAGACACCCAAAGUGGUGGUUAGUUAAUUUUCCUACCAAAGAUGUGUUUUCCAUCCAUUUUUAGUUUAAUAAAGACGUGUUUUAGAUUUUUUAUGAAUAUUAGUGAUUAGUGACAUGACAUGGGGCAAGUAUGUUGUCCCAUACUGGGAUUUGUGCGCUGCAUUUCACCCAUACAAGUGCACACACACAGCAGUGAGUAUUGACACAUACACACACCAUGAACACAGCCAAUUUUGCAGCGGCGCCCGGUGAAUAAUUACUGGUUAGGUGCCUUGCUCAAGUUGUGGGUAAUGAGAGUAGAAGAGAGCGCUGUUUAUUCAAUCCCCCCACCUACAUUUCCUGCCGGUACUGAGACUCGAACCCCUGACCUUCAGGUUACAAGUCCGACUCAAAAAAUCAGGCCACAACUGCCCCAAUAAAGUUACCACACAGGACUCGAACCCACUAUCUCUGGGUCAGGUGCCUGUCACUCAUCACGUUGCACCACUGGGGAGACAUCAUGUCAUCCAUCACCUAUCCCAUGCAGAAAUCAAAGAGUUUAAGAAUAUUAAUUUACACAUAAAACCAUGAUAUCAGGUUUAGAAAAUCAAACAUUUUAGAUGAGAACAAAUCAUCAUGUUCCAUGUUUAAAUGAGCAGUAAGUUGUGUCGUCAACAAAUCCUUUCCCAUCGUGCCUUCAGCCAACACAUUCAGGGGAAAGCAACUGUGCACGAAACCUUUUGUCCCCUACCUUCCCCUGUUUGUGUGUUUGGGGAAAAGGGCUUGUGCCCACUGACUGCACACAGUGUGGCACACAGCAUCUUUAAGAGCACAAAUCUGCACAACUUUGAUAGUGUGAAACCAGUUCUGUUUCUUCUGUAUUGAAUGGGAAAUGUUCCUGUUUCAGCUCUUUGGAGCUUACUUUCAUUCAUCAAGUGGCAAUGAUAGACCUAAAGUUGGCAUGAAAUGGAAGUUGCGAUCCUCUUUUCUUUCCUAUUGUGAAGAAAUGUUUUUGCGAGGGGAAGUUAUAUUGAUUAAAGAUUACGAGGACAUGUUAAUUAAAAAAGAAAACAGUGAUGUGCACGGAUACAUCAUUCAUUGAAAAAAACACUGUAAUAUUCCACAAAAAUAAAAAUGAUCAAUUUUGAGUUCAUUAUCACUUUAAGGAUAUACCAGCACCAGGUUACUCUAAAAGCAUUGCUAAUUUGAACGACAAGUCUAUAACUCAUAAGUAAAUGGGAGAAAUAAUGGAAAUUACACUACAGAGAUAUUUGCGUCAAUUGUACCCGUAAUAAGUUAUUCUAAAACUGCUGUGUUUAUUGUUUUGAUAUACCUUCUAUUGACAGUUGGCUUUGGGACCUCCAGAAGAAGUACUAUGCUGUAGGAAUUUACCUUUGAAACAUUCUGACAAGGUCAAUGUUAUAUAUACGUUUGUUUCAAGAUGUUUCAGUGAAUGUGAACAUUUAAUCUGGGCAGAACCCAGAUAAUGAAAGCAUAUCUGUUAUAUGGUGGUGUUAUUAAAUUGUAAACUUUGUGCUAUGUAAUCAAUGUUUGAGCACACUGGAAUGGUGUUUUGUACAUGAAAUGUCAAAUCUAUGAAACCGCAUGAUGUCAUAUUUGAAUAUUUAGUGGGCAUAAUUAUUUUUGUAAUUGUUUAACAGAUGUCCUCCCUUGUGUGACAGUUUGUGUGUACAAAUAUGGUCUAUACAAUUCACUGAACACUACUCAUUUGCAUAUUUAUACACUCAAAACAGCAAAAAUAUUGUAUGGAAUGAGGGACUUGUUUUGUUUUUUUUCUCCACCUUUGAAGAUUUGUAUAGAUUUAUGCAUCAUUACAAGAAAAAUUACUGCUCAUCUCUGUUUAACUAUAGAUAGUAGACUAUAUGUGACUGUAAGUAUUGCCUUAGUAGCCUAUAUAUUAAAUAAAACUGACUAAUAAAUACAAUUUU